CCCGUUUCAGUGGAAAUCGAGACGGCAACGGCAAAUGAAAAGAAACCGAAAAGAGAGGGCGACAUUCGAUUACGCGGGCGUUGUCAAGACAACGAUAACAAAAGCGGCAACAAACAGAACACCAAUGCGACAGCCUUGGCCAAAACAAUUGACACAAACAGUUUCCCAGGUAGUUGAGCCGCAGACAUAACACACAAGAAAAGCGAAAAAAUUUUCAGCCGUGAACUAAAGUGCUGCACCUGCAAGAGGUAAGAGGUGGCAAGUGCAUACCCAGUGAGAUUCAACGGAAACCAACGCGGAAGUUGUGCAAAAAAAAAGGAAACAAACGAAAAGUAGAAGAGAAGAAUAGACUGCAAAAAGGACAUCCCAGUGAAAAUUCAUUAAAAAGGUAUUCCAAACGUUCAUGGCCAUGAACUAUUACGACGAGGAGAUCACCAUCAAUGAGAGGCCCAAUAGCAAACACCUGAGUAGUGUGCAAAUGGAUAGGAGUGGUGCUGGUGGUUCAAGUGGUAGCGGCGGGGCAGCAGGUGGAGGUCCUCUGGUAGGACAAAGGGCAGCAGCGGCCAGACAACGAGGAUUGCAUUUCCAAGGAAAUUCAACAGAUGACGAUGGCUUACUACAGGACAUUAUAGAUCACGAUGAUGAGGCCGAAGAGAGUGAUGAUGACGAUGAUGAUAGUGAAAUGCAAAUGGCUAAUGGUGCGGUUGGAUUGCAAAUGCCAGCACCAGCUCCUCGACCACAAACUCGUCCUGGUAGUACACGCAAUGUUAAGACUUCUGCGCCCAAUGAGGAUCAGCUUAGUUCUGGCAGUGACGAGGCCCUGAUGGGUGGCUCUAAGUUUCCGCAUCACAAAUUGCCCUUGCCUACCCAUCAGAGAAGAAGUGCCGGCCAAAUGCAGGGUCAAGAGCAUCAGACAUUUAAUUUAACACCGGACAAAUGGGAACAGUUGCCAUUACCAGGCGACUUAAAGGAACUGUUUCCUUAUAUUCUCAAAUACACGCCGCAAUCCAUUGAUACGCCAUACCAUUUGCAGCCAUUCAUACCGGAGUUUGUGCCCGCUGUGGGGGAUGUUGAUGCUUUCCUUAAGGUUCAAGCUCCGGCCCUGAUUCAGCCUCAAAGUCAGCAGAGCCAACGUGACCUUGAUGAGCAUCUUCAACGCUUAGGCUUGUGGCUACUCGAUGAACCAUCCGGUGCCCAGAGUGAGCCAAGUUUAUUGAAUAUGAAGUUAAGAUCCGUUUUGAGUGGUAAUCGUGGGCCAAAUCCACGACAUGCAUCAUCUGCCUCACUCGUACCCACAGCCAGAUUCGCCAAAGACAUUGAUAAAUGGAUCAAUGAGGUUGAACAGGUUCAUAUGACACAAUCGCUGUACGACGCUCAACCGCGUAAGGAUAUCGAUGCCCUAAUGGAAGACUGGCCACGCUCCUUUGGGGAUAGUGACACCAAGGAUGCCCUCGAGCAAGCCUAUCGGUUGUGCCUGCAACAGCAAAUCUCACUGUCCGACUAUAUACGAUUGCUGUGCGAACAAUUUGGCAUUGAAGGCCCCCUCGACAAUCAAACGGAUUAUAUACAUAACGUGCAGACACUUUUUGCCCUCUACCUGGCUGCCAGCCAGGCCUGGGAAUAGAGGGCAUUGAGAAGCUGAUGGGGUGGUGGGUGGUGGCUGUAUGGAACGACUAAUAACGCUAAUGGCUUCGAUUAAGUGACAGCCAGACGCCGUUUGUUUACCUCUGGCAGAGGCUGACCAUUGGUUCUGGCAUUGCAACUGGUGUGAUUGUUCUUUUGCGUUUUCUUUUUCUGGUUUUGGCAUUAAGUCACUUGAAAAAAUGUUGAUUCCAUAACUUUAAUUUGCUAUUCUUAAACAAUGCGUAAGUAUCUGAACGAAUAA